AUGUGUGGUCUAGGCAGUGGUGUGAUCAAGUUCAAUGGCUUGAACUAUGCUGAUUGGUACAAACAAAUCCAGUUUCAAUUGGGUGUGUUCGAUUUAGAUUUAGCCAUAGUUAUGGAUGAGAUGCCCCCAGUCAUUAAUGAGACCAGUACAGCAGAUGAAAAAACUCUUUAUGAGGCUUGGCAAAGGUUUAAUCGGCUGUCUUUGAACUUGAUGCGCAUGACCAUGGCGGAGAAUGUGAAGCCAUCUAUGCCCAAGACUGAAAAUGCAAAGGAAUUUAUAAGGUUGAUCAAGGAGUAUUCACAGUCGGACAUUACUGAUAAGUCCAUUGUGGGAACUCUCAUGAGUGAGUUGACAACCAAAAAGUUUGAUUGGUCACAGCCCAUUCAUGAUCAUGUAACAGGGAUGGCAAACAUAGCUGCAAAGUUGAAGUCAAUGGGAAUGGAUGUUAAUGAAUCCUUUCUGGUACACUUUAUUAUGAACUCUCUUCCUCCUGAAUUUGGCCAGUUUCAAGUGAAUCAUAACACUAUUAAAGAUAAAUGGAACAUUCAAGAAAUUAAGUCAUGGUAG